GUAAGUCAUAAAUAUCUUGAGGAUAAUUCAAAUGAGCAAAAGAAAUAUCUUGAAAAGAUUCUUAAUACUAAAGCAGAUGCUAAAAGAGGAUAUUUUCUAAAGAUUAAUACACAUUUUCCUCUAAAAACUCAUGACUAUUUAAGUGAUUUACCUCCAGCUGUAGAGAAUAUAGCUAGCUUGUAG